GGAACGCCUGGACUGUCUUAUUAUGGCAAAAAUAAAUUCGUUAUCUGCUUACAUCGUUAUGUGGUGUGCUUUUAUCAUUACGUGAUGUGCUUAAAUCAUUAUACGGUGUGCUUAUAUUAUUAUGUGGUGUGUUUUUAUCGUUAUGUAGUGUGCUUCUAUCAUUAUGUAGUGUGCUUAUAUCAUUAUGCGUUGUGCUUUAAUCAUUAUGCAGUGUGCUUUUAUUAUUAUGCAGUGUGCAUAUAUUAUUACGUGUUGUGCUUUUAUCGUAAUGUAGUGUAUUUAUAUCAUUAUGUAGUGUGCUUAUUCCUUUAUGUGGUGUGCUAUUGUCAUAUUUUGGUGUGACUAUAUCAUCAUGUGGUGUGCUUACAUGUAUGUCAUUUUGUGGUGCACUUUCGUCAUUGUGGGGUGUACAUUUGGCAUUAUUUGCUGUGCUUUGAUUAUUACAUAUAGUGCAUCUAUUUUUGCGUAUAUGAUGUACGUUUUGCAUUAUUUGAAAAUAAAGAUUAGUAGUCUUUGGAAAUUAGACAUGGAAACUAUUCUAGAAAAACUCGGAUUGGGCUCUUUAACAAGAAAGUUUCAAGAAGAAAAGGUAACACCUGAUAUUGUAUCAAAACUCUCAAAAGUUGAAAUGCAAAUUUUAGGAGUUGCUGAUAGAUCAGCCAUGAUGAAAUUGAGAGUGGCUUGUAUUCACCAUGGAAGCAAUCUUUUGAUACAAAGAAAUUCUGGGUACUUGAUACCAGAAGAUGUGUUGGACUUUUUGCUGGAAUCUAAGUUCAAAAUCAUUGAAAUUUCUCAAAUGUUAAAUGUGUCAGAGAGCACAAUUUACAGAAGGAUGAGACGAUGCAAUCUUUCUGUAUCAAAAUAUAACGAUAUAUUAGAUCAUGAGCUGGAUCAAAUAGUUUCUGAAAUUGCUACAGAGUUCCCGAAAUGUGGAGAAACAAUGGUCAGAGAAAUUCUUCGGCAAAAAGGUGUCCAGGUAACAAGAGCAAGACUGCGAGAGAGCUUACAUAGAACAAAUGGGGAUAACAUAAAAAGCAGGAUAAAAGGAAGAUUACAAAGAAGAGUUUACAAUGUCGAAGGUGUCAAUCAUCUUUGGCAUAUAGAUACAAACCACAAAUUGAUCAGAUGGAAUUUCAUAAUCGUUGGUGGUAUCGAUGGCUUCAGUAGGUUUGUCACAUUCCUUAACUGUACAGACAACAAUAAGUCUGAAACAAUUUUCAGUUGUUUCCAAAGUGCUAUUCGAAGCUAUGGCUUGCCUUUAAGAGUUCGCUCUGAUAAAGGACUUGAGAACAAAGCUGUCGCUGAAUAUAUGGUCAGAUCUCGAGGACCAAACAGAGGAAGCAUGAUAACUGGAAAAAGUGUCCACAACCAAAGAAUUGAGAGGCUGUGGAGGGAUGUGUAUGAAGGAGUUCUCUGCUACUACUAUGAACUUUUUUACUAUAUGGAAGACGUACAACUGCUUGAUAUUUUGAAUGACAUACAUAUGUUUUGUUUACAUUAUGUGUAUCUGAAAAAGAUAGACGAAAAGCUUCAAAUAUGGAAAGAAGCAUGGGCUAAUCAUAGAUUACGCACUGUUAAGACCUCGCCAUUGCAUUUGUUUGCAGCCGGCAUUAUCAAUAAUCCAAUUGAUGUUUUAGAUUUAGAUUGGGAACAGUAUGGUAUUGAAGAUAAUACUGAUGUUCAAUAUCUUCACAAUGUUAAUCCCAGGCCUGUGUUUGAUCCGCCUUCAUAUGCAGUAACAAAUGACACUCUACAAGAAUUGCAACAACAUUGUCCAUUUAAUUGGCAUUCUGCUAACUAUGGAAUUGAUAUUUUCCAAAAGGCUGUGGAAAUUGUCGAAAGAAACAACAGCUUAACAAUAUGAUAUACAAUGUAAAUUCACUUGCCACUGUCUGCAAGACUAGUGUAUCUUUUUUCCUAAUCUGCUUGGCCCAUUGACUAAGAAUGACCAGAUUUUUAUCAUGACAAAAAAGGGCUAUUUAGUUACCAUUCAUGACUCUACUACAAUGACUCUUCAUGAUGGUCAAUAAAAUUAGUAAGAUGAACAAAGAUUUGAGAUUUGUUUUUAUUAUACUGCUUUUUGAUAGAAAAAAAUGUCAUUCCUUCUUGGUUUGAAAAAAUAAACAUAGGUAAUCAAACUUUACAUAGCUCACCGAGAUGAAGGGUCACCUUUAUGAGAUCGCCUUUAUUAUAUCAUACGAAAAUGUAUAAUGUCAUCAUACAAUAUGAUAUUUUAUUAUGUGAUACUCUUCUGUAUCACGUAUAUUGUAUCAGAUGAUUUUUAUUGUUUGGUAUCAAACGAUAGAAUUUAAAAUACAUUGCAUUAUAUUAUAUACUUGUAAAAUAUCAAACAAUCUGAUACAAUCAUAUAAUAACAGAUCAUAUUAUACAAUUUCAUAAUGAUAAAAUACAAAACUGAAUCAUAUUAUACCAAAAAGUUAUGUUAUAUGAUAAAAUAUUCAUAAUAUGAUUAAAUACCAUUGUGUG